AUGCGUCGAAAGCGGCUGCAGCCGGAAGUCACUGCUGCUUUGGCGCAGUCUCUUGGGAGCCUGGAGUGCCUGAAGGAAUUGAAGGCUGACAUCAGUUUCAGCUCCAUCGGCGAAGACGGAGCUCGGCAGUUGGCACAGGCAGUGGGGUCUCUGCAGCGGCUGCGCAGCCUGGAGCUUCUGUUGGGAGGAGCCGGGCUUGGUUAUGCAGGAUGUGAGAAGCUUUCCGAGGAGAUAAGCACACUGCAAAGCCUGGACAGAUUGAAGCUGGAUCUGAGCUUGAACGACAUCGGUGACACAGGGCUGCGAGAGGUCGCGAAGUGCGUCCGCUCGCUGCGGCAGCUCCGAGAAUUGGUCCUGGACCUGAACCGCAACCGCGUCGCGGAUCCAGGAAUCGGAUGCUUGGCCCAAGUGGUAUUGGAAUUGCCUUCCUUGACGGACCUGGAAGUGAUGCUCUUUGACAACCGAGUCGGAGAGGAUGGGGCUCGGCAACUGGCAGCCGCUAUGCGUGGCUUGAAAUUGUCUCGGCUUGUCCUGGGGCUCAACAGAAAUGCGGUGUCUGAAGCUGGCGUGCAGGACAUUGCUCAUGCAGUGACUUCACAGAAACUUCGUGACCUUGAGCUGGAUCUGAGUGUCAGCAGUGUGGGCUGGCCAGGCGCUCAUGACCUUGGAAUGGCGAUCUCUUCCUUGGAGGGGCUUCAACAUUUGACCCUCGACCUGAACGUGAAUCAUGUAGGUUCUGCAGGGGCGCGACUCCUAGCACAGGCAAUCUCAGCGCAACAAGCUUUGGUCAGCCUGCGUUUCCUGGCGUCUGGGAACCGCAUGCGCGAAGUAGGUGCCCGCGAAUUAUCGCAGGCUUUGACGUCGCUGCGCCGCCUAGUCAGCUUGGAAAUGGAUGUCAGCGGCAAUGGUAUAGGUGAUACGGGUGCGUGCGACCUGGCACGUGCCAUGGGUUCAUUGGGAAAACUUUGCAGGCUCGUGGCAGACCUGCGGGGAAAUCUCGUCGGGGACCACGGAGAGCGUGAGCUCGCGCGGGCCGUUGGCGACUUGUCCAAGCUUGAGCGGCUGGAGCUGCGUCUGGCCGGAAAUGGACGGACGGGGGCUGGGCCCUGGCACCACGAGCUGAAGAAUGCAGUGCAGAAGCUGCAGACCGGUGGCUGCAUUUGUGACUUCUCAUACUAA